AUGCUUCGCUACACUUGGGUAUUGCUUAUAUUCAUAGCUGGACUGGAGCCAGCGCUGUCGGAUACCUGUCAAGAAUGUAAGUUCGCUGUCGACCUUCUACAUGAUGCUUGGGGAGAGAAGACAACAGAGGAGUGCGUCGGAGAUCUCGCCAUUUUUAUCUGCCGUACAUUCAGAAUAGAAGACAACUUCAUCUGCAAAGGAAUUGUGGGUGAUUUUUCGGAUGAGUUUAUGUAUGUGUUGGGACAGAUAAUCGUCGAGCCGCAUCAGAUAUGUGGGCUGCUGUUGGACGAUUGUGGGAAGUUCAUAGAUCCGUUCAAUUCCACUUGGAGUAUUCCUAUUCCGAACGGGCAGCCAGCUCCCGUAGAUAAGCAGCCUGUGCCGGGCGGCAAGCCCGUUUUGAAAGUCUUGCAUUUGACUGACAUCCAUCUGGACAUGCUGUACACUCCGGGACUGGAAGCGAAAUGUGCAGAACCUCAGUGUUGCAGACCACAGCAAGAUCCUGAUGAAGUGUCGGUUGCAGCCGGUGUGAAGGAAGCAGCAGGUCAGUGGGGUACAGUUGGAAACUGCGAUGCGCCCUAUUGGCUACUCACAAACAUGCUCGCAUUUAUUCAAAAGAACCAUAAAGAUCUGGACUACGUCAUGGUCUCCGGCGAUCUAACAUCUCAUGCUGACUGGGACUACACACGUCAAUCGCACGUGGCCAUAGUCAAAAACAUUUCGGACACAAUCAGAUCAUAUUUUCCCAAUAUUCCAUGCUACUUCGCUGUAGGAAAUCAUGAAGGAGUGCCCAUCGACAAUUUCGCACCUCAUUUCACUCCGAAACAAUUUCAUAUGGAUUGGCUUUACGAUGCUAUGGCAGAAGCUUGGAACGGGUGGAUUCCCCAAGAUCAAGUUAAAACAGUCCAGUACAUGGGAUGCUAUAUGAAGAAGAUUUACCCUGGAUUACGACUUAUUUCAAUCAACAACGCACUUGGUGGAGACUCAGUAAACUUCUUCCUAUACGUGAACCAGACAGAUCCAGACGGGACUCUAACAUGGCUUAUCCAGCAACUGCAAGCUGCCGAAAAUGCUGGCGAUGUUGUACAUAUAGUUGCCCACAUCCCUGGCGGGAACGGUGAAGCUUUGGAAGGCUGGGCUUUGAACUAUUACAAAGUCGUCAAUAGGUUCCAAAACACGAUAGUCGGUCAGUUCUUUGGUCACACCCAUUCGGAGGAGUUCUACAUGACCUAUGAGGACCCAGAAUCUGCUUCCUCGCGUCCAACGAGUGUCGUCUAUUCUGCGCCGUCACUCACUACCUAUUCGGAAUAUUUUCCAGCCUAUCGUGUUUACAAAAUCGACGGUGCCUAUAAAGGAUCAAGCUAUCAAGUCAUCGAUUUCGAAGAGUGGUAUUUCAAUUUGACUGAAGCCAACAAAAAUCCGCAAAAUCCACAGUGGAAGCAGCUUUAUGCCAGCGUCAAUCAGGAAUACGGGCUCAAGUCACAAGCGCCUUCGGAGUGGAACAACAUGAUCGAACGGAUGAAAACCGACGACGGGCUUUUCGAAAAAUACAGAGAAAAUUACUAUCGUCGCUCGAAAUUUGACGGCAUUGGUGAAUGCGAUGAGCGAUGCAAGAAGGGUUGGCUGUGCAGCGCUCGACAAAUGCACCACUCAAAAAAGCUUUGUGCUGAUCUCGGAUCUUUUGAGGAAAGACAAGGUCGUAACAGCUACAGACGAAAGCGACCAGUACCUGUCCGAAUAGGUAACGAGGAAAUCCGACAACUCGUUCUGUCCUGGAAGAGUCGUGCGAAUGCAAAUUGUCCAUUAUAG